CCGGAAGAGGUGAAUGUUUACAGAACAGACAGCUAAUUUUUUACUACAUCCAUUCUGUUGAGUACUACUUGGGUUUAAAUGUUCGACUCUCCGCGUUCAAGCUUCAAAAUAAAUGUUUUAUUUUCAUGUAAAGUCGGACAGCUGUCGGUUAAAUGGGUCUAACGGCCCCGGCUUGUCUGCGCCUCCAUCAGCGCUGGAAUAAACUCCGGUUUCACCCCCAACGCCUGAUAUGAUCUAACGCUCCUCCCAUGGCUUCGUCGGAUGUCGGCAUGCAGGAGAUGAGUGAAGUCGUUAUCGUCACCAUCCCUGAACCCGUGGGCGACGGCCUCCCCUGUGUGGUGGAGGAGGAGAAAACCGUACUGGUGACUGCACAGCUAACGCCUCAGGCUGGAGAGGACGUCCUGACGGUGACGGAGGUGAAAACAGAACCGGAGUCCAGCACAGCUGAGUCUCUGCUGAAGAACGAGCCGGUUCUCGUGAAACUGGAGGAGGAGGUGGACGCCGACGUCUGCUACCCCAUCACCUGUGGAGACGCCAAGGCCACGCUGGUGUGGAAUAAGUUCGUCUGUCCAGGGAUCAAUGUCAAAUGUGUCCAGUUCAACGACCAGCUCAUCAGCCCCAAAGAGUUUGUGUGUUUAGCAGGAAAAUCCACCUUAAAAGACUGGAAGAGAGCCAUCCGCCUUAACGGCACCAUGCUCAGGAAGAUCAUGGACUCGGGCCCGCUGGACUUCUACCAGCACACCAAGGUCUGCUCCAACACCUGCCGCAGCACCAAGAUCGACCUGGUCGGAACCAAAGUGGCCAUCGGUUCUGAUCCGACCACCGACCUGCUUUCUGUGUCCACCUCGUCGGCUGACUUGAACGGAGCAUCGGUGCCGUUCCCCGAUGUUCCGGAGGAACCUUCAGAGUGGGUCACGGCCAUCGGAGAGGACUCGGUGGCGUUCUGGCGUGCGGUGAAGGAGGCGGGGCUUCUGGAGGAGGUGGUGGAGGACUUCCAGAAGGAGCUGCAGGAGGUUCUGAAGGGGCUGCAGGAGAGAGUGUGUGACCCGCCGCUGCAGGUCAAAGACGCCGUGCUGCUGAACAACGUCGUCCAGAACUUUGGGAUGUUGGACCUGGUGAAGAAGGUUCUGGCCAGUCACAAGAGCCAGAUGGACCGGUACCGAGAGCAGUACACCCGCAGCCUCGCCGCUCUGGAGCAGCAGUGUGACGAGCACAGGAAGCGGGCCAAAGAGCUGAAGAGUAAGUCUCAGCACCUGAACAACGUCCUGAUGACCCUGACCCCGGUGCCCUCCCCCCCGACUCCCAAACGACCGCGGCUGACCCGCGCCGUCUCCGGCCCGGCCGCCGUCAGCGCCGCCCCCGCCCAGAUCACGCUUCCCCUCAACCAGCUGAGCGGUCUGCCGCUGGGAAAGGUUCUGACGGUGGCGGGGGGGCAGGCGGGGGCCAACCUGGGUGGCUACACCCUCCUGACCUCGCCGCUGUCCGAGCUGGCGACCGACGGCGCCAACGUGACGGUUCUGUCUGCGGCGGUGGGUCAGGAGGGCGCGGCCGGGCCCGGCAGCUUCGUUAAGGUGGUCGGACCGCAGUUCCAGCUGGUGACGCUGCCGCUGGCGACCGCUCAGAACUCGGACGUGCAGCAGCAGGUCGGGACCGUCGCCAUGGUGGAUGCCACGGCAACCGUCGCUGAUGACUCUCAGGAGGGAGGGCAGACGGACGGAGAUGAUGAAGGUCAGCCAGGGCAGGCGGAGGAGGAGGAGGAGCAGCACUGAGAUGAAGGACAGCUGUUUGGUUCCGGUCGUUUUUGCUCCUGACGUGGAAUUCUUUCAAAGUUCCGACCAGUCUGACUUUUUCCUGGUGCUCGCGCUUCCACGGCAGCGGAGACAUUCCCUCCAGUUCUGUGUCUGUUUAUCCCGAACCCUCUGGAGAAUAAAUGCUCAGUUUUAAAAGGG